CCAAACGUCGGCGAAAUUUUGUUCCCCACAUAGGAAAGUCGGGAUGCUUGGACCCGACAGGGGCCAAUGCAGCGCGAAUCGACAGGGAACCUAGAUAAGCGCAAAAUAUUCCCGUGCCCUUUUUUCCGCAGAUAACCCAAAGACCAUAGAACCAGUGCUCUUUCCCAACUACAUCCCCACGCGCAUCUCCUCCAAAGGGCAUGAGGCUACGGUGACAGGGGAGCCGCAAUGCGGGACAGCUCAUGAAAAUCUCCAGCCGAAUUGAUGGGUCGAUUUACGGCGCGAUCCUCUCGAGUCGACCGUCAUCGUCGGCUCCAGCACGACCCGGCCUCGGGGGCUGUGGGAGCUCCAAGCUCAGAUAUGGAACGUUGUCGGUUAGGACGCACCGUGAAGCCGGCACUAUCAAGCCUCGGGAUCACGCGAGAAGGCGAACACAGGCCGAGGUGUUGACCUUCUCGAACCCUCGACGCACCAGCUUCCACAUGAACACCUUCUACCGCCCGUCUCUCCCCUCGACAUGCGAGAACCAUACCGCCACCGCUUCCGCUCUGCAGACCAUUCUCCCGGAGCCACCACAGAUUCGAUCGAAGGAGGAGCUCCUCGCAUUAGUAGACCACCAAGAUGCUGGGACGGUGGAGGAGCACCUUGAAUUCUUUCGGGACCCGUAUCUCCGGGGUUAUGCCCCGGCCGACGGUCCCAACGUCGUCGUCUCGAGCAGGAAGGACGACAUCGAUUACCCCUCUCUGGAGGAGGUAAUGCAACCAAAUGAGGAAGAGAGGGAAGUCCUCCGGGACCUCAGACUGGCCGUCAUCUCCCGAUUAAGGAACCGGUUUAGGGCGGACCUAGACACGAUAUAUCAGAUCUACCAACGGCUCCCAGAACCCCGGAUGGCCUAUAUCCCCGCCAGACUCCGACACCAGCUGCUCCGCGUUCUAGGCCAACCCGAUAAGAAAGACUCGAGGUCCAUGUUGAGAUAUUUCGCCGUCGUCGCCGACGUCAAGAACGGUGGGCUCCCGCUGACGAGGGCCGAGUGGAACGGCGCCAUCUCCUUUGCCGGCAGAUACGUCGGCACAUCCACCGACGUUGAGACCGAGUCGGCGCUGAACCUGUGGCGGGAAAUGGAGCAGGACGCCGGCAUCAGGGGCAACGACGUCACCUUCAACAUCCUCUUCGACGUCGCGUCCAAGGCCGGCAACUUCACCCUCGCGGAGAUGAUCUACAAGGAGAUGGAGACACGCGGGUACCCGUUCAACCGCUACCACUACGUCAGCCUUAUCCACUUCUUCGGCCUCAAGCUCGACGGCAGCGGCGUCCGCGCGGCCUACAAGGAGAUGGUCAAGGCCGGGGAGAUCGUCGACAGCGUGGUCCUCAACUGCGUCAUCGCGGGCCUCCUGCGGGCGGGCGAGGAGGAAUCUGCCGAGCGAGUGUACGAGCGGAUGAAGGCCAGCGCGGGCGGCAGCGGCAGCGGCAGCGGCAGCGGCGACGGCGACGACAAUGCGGGGGCCGCGGCGGGGAUGCCGCACAGGAACUACACCACCAACAAGAUGAUCACAAAGGUGCUGAUGAUGUUCGCCAAGGUCGGGCGCCAGCACCCGCCGCUGCGGCCCGGGUUCCAGAGCAUGGCGCCCCUGACGCCCGACCUGCAGACCUACCGCGUGCUGGUCAACCACUACGGCGUCAAGAUGGGCGACCUGGCCAAGGUGGCGCAGUACCUGGACGAGAUGAAGUUCCACCAGAUCCCCCUGCACGGCGCCAUCUUCCUGGCCCUGUUCAAGGGCUUCCACGCCCACGGCGGCGUGCCCGGCUCCCCCUGGAGCGAGCGCCGGCUCGACAGCAUCUGGGCCGCCUUCCUGCAGGCUCUCGACGACGGCGUCCCCGGCCUGAGGGUCGAGACCUGGCUGGCCAUGUGGGCCCUGAGGGCGUUUGCGAGGUGCUCCUCGUCGCGGGACCGCGUCCUGCAGGCGUACGAGGCCCUCGAGUCGAGGUGGGAGCUGGACCAGGCGAACGCGAGGUUCAUGAUGGACUUCUUGCAUGGUCUCUUGAAUAAAGGCGCUGCUGUACAUAUAGGGAGAUAGAUGGAGAGUGAGUGGCCCGAAAGACGUUUAUCUGGGCUGCCUGAUAACUGCAAUGUAACAUAGGUAGAGAGGGUUGGGGGGAGGUGCGGGCUUGUUUGAUACCACCUUGGAUGAUGAUCAGGGUUC